AUGACGAGAGCAGCAAAUUUUGUUCUGUACUCCGAGACUAGAGCGAGCCAGAGUCGGACACUGCGGACUCUAACAGUGCAGUCUAACACUGCAGAGCCUGACAUUGCAGAGCCUGACUUAGCAGAGCCUAACACUGCAGAGAAUAACAGUGCAGGGCAUCAUACUGAAGGGACUAACACAGCAGAGUCUGACACCACAGAGUACGACACUGCAGAACCUGAUACACCAGAGACUUACACUAUAGAGCCUAAUACUGCAGAGACUGACAUUGCAGAGCCUAACACUGCAGAGCAUGAUACUAGCCUGACACUGCUGAGCCUAAACACUACAGAAUCUGAUACUGCGGAGCCUGACAUUGCAGAGCCUGACACUGCAAAGCCUAACACUGCAGAGCCUGAUACUGCAGAGCCUGAUACUGUAGAACUUAAUACUGCAGAGUCUGACACUGUAGAGCCUAACACUGCAGAGCCUGAUACUGCAGAGAAUAACACUACAGAGCCUGACACUGCAGAACCUGACACUGCAAAGCCUGACAUUGCAGAGCCUGAUACUACAGUCACUAACACUGCAGAGCCCGACACUGCAAAGCCUAACACUGCACAGCCUGACACUGCAGAACCUGAUACUGCAAAGCCAAACACCUCUAACACUGUAGAACUUGAUACUACAGAGCCUGACAUUGUAGAGCCUGACACUGCAGAGCCUGACACUGCAGAGCUUAAUACUACAGAGCCUGACACUGCAGAGCCUGACACUGCAGAGCCUAAUACUGCAGAGCCUGACACUGCAGAGCUUAAUACUGCAGAGCCUGACACUGCAGAGCCUGACACUGCAGAGCCUGACACUGCAGAGCUUAAUACUGCAGAGCCUGACACUGCAGAGCUUAAUACUGCAGAGCCUGACACUGCAGAGCCUGACACUGCAGAGCUUAAUACUGCAGAGCCUGAUACUGCAGAGCCUAACACUGCAGAGCCUGACACUGCAGAGCCUAACACUGCAGAGCCUGACACUGCAGAGCCUAACACUGCAGAGCCUGAUAAAGCAGAACCUAACACCGCAGAACCUGACACCACAGAGGUUAUCACUACAGAGCCCAACACUGCAGAGCUUAAUACUGCGGAGCUUGUUACUGCAGAGCCUGACACUGCAGAGCCUGACACUGCAGAGCCAAACACUGCAGAGGCUGACACUGCAGAGCCAAACACUGCAGAGGCUGACACUGCAGAGCCUAACACCGCAGAACCUGACACCACAGAGCUUAUCACUACAGAGCCUAACACUGCAGAGCUUAAUACUGCGGAGCUUGUUACUGUAGAGCCAAACACCGCAGAGCCUGACAAAACAGAGUCUAACACUAAAGAGCCCAACAUUGCAGAGCCUAAUACUGCAGAGACUAACACCGCAGAACAUGACACAGCAGAGACUGACACUGCAGAGCCAAACACUACAGAGCCUGACACUGCAGAGCCUGAUACUGUAGAACCUGAUACUACAAAGGCUGACACUACAGACCCUGACACUGCAGAGCCUGAUACUGUAGAACCUGAUACUACAAAGGCUGACACUACAGACCCUGACACUUCAAAGCCUAACACUGCAGAGUCUGACACUGUAAAGCCUGAAACUGCAGAGCCUGAAACUGCAGAACCUGAUGCUAUAGAGCCUGACAUUGCAGUGCCAGACACUGCUGAGCCUAACACUGCAGAGCCUGACACUGCAGACCCUAACACUGCAGAGCCUGAUACUACAGAGCCUUAA